CACCGAGACGCGGUACAAUCCACAGCAAGUGGAUGCGGGUUGGACGUUUUCACGAGUCAGUACGCGCCGUGGACACGUUUUAUUGUGUUAUUUUGGUUUUGUUUUGUUUUUUGAGCAGUGCCACGUGUUCAAGUUUGAUGAACAGUGCGUCCGGGCGUAUUUCAUCACAUGACUCCCCUCCCCCACCCGGCGCAGGGAAUGGGGGAAGAAGGCGGACAUGUUGGAGGGAAAUGUGUUGGUUAAAGAGUACCGAGGUGGAAGACAAGAAGAUUAUUUCAAGAAGGGUUUCGCUUUAUUUUGGGAUUUACCAGUCGACAUUUGUGUUUAAUUUAAAUUCAAGGUUUUUCAUGUCAUACUUUGAAAAUAUUUAUUUAUUUUUCUUUUGGAUAUUUUUUUUUUUUUUGAACCGUAGUAUGCUUUUUGGUUUUACAGCGAUAAGUUGUCAAAACUUGGCUAGUUUAAUAUUCAAUAUUGCAACGAUUUAGUGUUACUUCCAUUGUUUAUUUGAGUGACAUUGUAGGGAAUUUGUAACCUUGGUGUGGGGGAUGGGCGCAUGUGGUUAGGUAACCAUUUUGUGCAGUUGUUGAAUUGAUGUGUUUCAGUCGUUUUUAAAGAUAAGAAUUCUUGUAAGGAUUUAUUCAUUUGAUAUGUUUGAUUUUUAAGAAAAAAAAAUUAAAUAUAGUUUUGGUUUAAUCACUGCUUUGCAAAGCCUCAAAGGUCAGGUAUGCUAUUUUUAUUUUCAAACCCAUAUGAGAUUAAUUGCCUUUGUGAUUCUCCUUAGCGUCAAAUAGUGUCUUUUGCUCAGCUGAUUGGGCAAAAGAAACCUUAAGUUUGAUGAAAUGUGGUCAGAGACCAGUGAGGGAAAACUGCUGUGUCAUUCAGAGGAGAGUUGGUUCUUAUGACCCAACUAGGUGUGGCCUUAAUAUUGUUGGUUGAAGUAAAUGGAGCCUACAGCCUCGCCGUUUAUUUUCAGCUAAAAUUGUAAGCUUAAAUCCAUGUACUACUUGUUUGUGAGCCAUGGAGGCCUUGUUUGACUUGCUGUUAACUGAAAUUGCAGCCGUUUUCAGAAGCAGACGAGGCUCAUCAUUUCAGUUGUGUUUGUAAUCGAAAUAUGUAGCUUUCUUUAUAUAUUUCUUAAUGUUUUACUUGACUUACUGUAAAUAAUUCGAUUGUAAUACUCGGUUUCACUGUACUUAAAGAUGGCGGCGCUUCGCCUGUUCCUAAGGACAGAAAUGCGGAUAUCUGGUAAGCAGAGUUCGUGGGGAGAGGCUCUUGGCUCUUGAGGGGUACGCGUGACCCGUUCGAGGAACCAAUCGGCUUCUUGGUAUUUACCCUGGAAGCCCGCGUUAAAACCGUAUCGGCCAAUCCCUGUCGUCGCUUUGCACACGUUGACGUAAUGUAAUGUGAUGAGGAGGAGGGUGGCUUCGUUGGCCUUCCAUUUUGUACAGGAUAACAGGAGGAACCAGUUACAGGCAGCGUUUCUGUAAUACUGUAUAGACUGAGCCAAUAGUAUUGUGCAGUUUCCUUGAUGGGCAGUUAAAACUUGCGAAUAGGUUGGCCCGAGAGACUGUCGGGGAAGCACCGGCGUCGGGGGGUGUGGUGACUUUGACGGACAUCACAAAACAGCCAAUAGAAACACAGAGGGCGUGGACAUUCUAAGGCAGUCCAUCCAAUAGGGCUAGCGGUUGGUCUAUAAAAAUACGGGUGUAGUCGCAUCGUCGCCAUUUCACCGAAGCAGAUCCAGGAGGAGUUCGCCGUGGCGGGGAUUGGAGAAAACUGACGAACAGAGACGGAUCCUGGUUUGAGUCUAGCUAAAAACACAAUCCGGAUCCAUCCUGAUGGAUAUGGCUGUUAACCCGCCCCUUGACAGCUCUCAUGUCGGGGUUGAGAUUGGUAUAAUGGGAGUCACACCGAUGGACCAGGGUUCUGGCACAGCUGGAAAACGCAUACGAAAACCCUCACUGCUCUAUGAGGGCUUUGAGAGUCCUGGAAUGCCCCCCCUCAGUCAGAUGACCCCUUUGGGACCCCCACAACCCCCGGUGAAAGACCCCGCCCGACAGGGAAAGAUGACCAACCAACUUCAGUUCCUACAGAAAGUCCUGCUCAAGUCUUUGUGGAGGCACCACUUUGCCUGGCCCUUCCAUGAACCUGUAGACGCUGUCAAGCUCAACCUGCCUGACUAUCAUAAAAUCAUCAAAAAUCCAAUGGACAUGGGCACUAUUAAGAAGAGAUUAGAAAAUAACUACUACCGGAGUGCCAGUGAGUGCAUGCAGGACUUCAACACCAUGUUUACCAAUUGCUACAUUUAUAACAAGCCUACAGAUGACAUAGUGCUGAUGGCCCAGUCUCUGGAGAAGGCAUUUCUGCAGAAAGUGGCUCAGAUGCCCCAGGAGGAGUUAGAGCUGCCUCCUCCCCCUCCACGGAGUAAACCAGGCAAACCUGGCAGAAAAAGCAGAGUCUCUGGAGGUGUGACAACAGCUCAUCAGGUCCCAGCUGUCUCCCAGUCAGCAUACUCACCUCCGACCCCGGAGACACCUGACUCCAUCCUCUCUACCCCUCCACAGACCCUUGUGAGCAAGAGCUUGCCCCCUGUGCUUCCAACUGAACAAAGCAUCCCUACCAUUACAGGUCUGCCUCCCACACAGCCCACUGCUAAGAAAAAAGGUGUGAAGAGGAAAGCAGACACAACCACCCCAACUACUGUAGCCAUGCCAAUCAUGAGCACCAUGGGCGUCAGUGGCAUCAGCCUGGGGAUGGGCGGUGGGCACAACUCGCCACUAACCCUGACUUCUCUCGGGGUGGACCACAACUCCAGUCUGGGGAUAAACCAAGGCCUCAGCAUCAGCCAGGGCAUGGGAAUGGGAAUGGGACUUGGACUGGGGAUGGGCAUGGGCAUGGGCAUGGGCCGUGGAACAGUGAUGAUGGGUACCAAAGCAGCAGCGGGGAGCAGGAGAGGAGUGAGUGGACGACCCAUCAAGCCUCCCAAAAAGGAUUUACCGGACUCCAUACUGCCACCUCCGGUGCGCCGCAGCAAGCUGAGCCCCCAGCUGCGCUACUGCAAUGGCGUUCUGAAGGAGCUGCUGUCAAAGAAGCACGCAGCCUACGCCUGGCCCUUCUACAAGCCUGUCGAUGCCACGUCACUUGGUCUUCACGACUACCAUGACAUCAUCAAGCAGCCCAUGGACCUCAGCACCAUCAAGCGGAAGAUGGACAGCAGAGAGUAUCGUGAUGCCCAGCAGUUCUCUGCUGAUGUUAGACUGAUGUUCUCCAACUGCUACAAGUACAACCCCCCUGAUCAUGAUGUGGUGGCCAUGGCCAGAAAACUCCAGGAUGUUUUUGAGUUUUGCUUUGCUAAGAUGCCAGAUGAGCCUCCAGCACCACCUAGCUCAUCAUCUUCCUCCUCCUCCUCUUCAUCAUCAUCUGAGAGUGAGCUCAGCAGUGAAAGCGAGGAGAGUGAGAGCAGCCCCAGCUCUGACUCCGAGGAGGAGAGAGCAAAUCGCCUGGCAGAACUACAGGAACAGCUGAAAGCUGUGCACGAACAGCUCACUGCACUCUCCCAGGGCCCCAUCGUCAAACCCAAGAAGAAGAAAGAGAAGAAAGACAAGAAAAAGAAGAAAAAGGUAGAAAAAGAGAAGCAUCGGAGGAUAGAGGAAGAGCUACCGCCUAUUAGGCCAGCCAAGACCCCUAAAAUAACGAAGGCUCCAAAAGCGAAGAGCAACCGAGGAGUAGGCUGUCCUGUAAUUCCCAUUAAGAAGACUCCGAGCAAGAAAAACAACAAGAGCAAAGCCAAAAAGGGCAGCAUGAUGUUUAACAUGCCUCAGCCAGUCCACGAGCCCAUAGUGAGUCAGAAGCGUCAGCUCAGCCUGGACAUCAACAAGCUACCCGGCGAGAAGCUGGGCCGCGUUGUUUACAUCAUACAGUCCCGCGAGCCCUCUCUCCGAGACACCAACCCUGAGGAGAUUGAGAUAGACUUUGAGACGCUGAAGCCAUCAACGCUGCGGGAGCUGGAGAGAUACGUCAUGACGUGUUUAAGGAAGAAACCUCGAAAGCCAUAUGCAAGUAAAAAGAACAGCGCUGGCAAGUCCCGGGAAGAACUCGCUCUGGAGAAACAAAUGGAGCUGGAGAGAAGGCUGAUGGACGUCAGUGGCCAGCUCAACUCUGGAAAGAAGCCUCCGAAGACCAAACCAGAGAAACCUGCAACCGAGACCCACACCCAGCCUUCACGUCUCAGCGCCAGUAGCUCCUCCUCAGACUCUUCUUCAUCAUCCUCUUCUUCCUCAUCCUCAGACACAAGCGACUCAGACUCUGGCUGAGAAGCGGAGGGUUCCAAUGUGAAAGGGUCACGUGAAGGACCCUGGGUGUUUCGCUUCCCACUCAGUGGACUGAACUGUAGUAGAGCUACUGAAGACGGAGCCGCAGGGCGGAUCAGACCAGACCAGCACUAGGCAGAACUGGUCCUACUCAACAAGUGUCAAGCCGAGAAAGAGAGAGACGGGGCUUUCCCUUCGCUCAGCUCAUUCAUCCAGUCUUGGACGCAGGAAACUUGAGGAUGGAUGAAUGGAUGGAUCAUAGGAGACUCAUUCUAAAGUCCUGCCAUUCUCUGGAGAACUGGCCUUGUUGUGCAGAACGAGGGAUGCUCCAUCUCCCGCAAAUAAAGGGGAAGAGCAACGCAUGCGUCGGAGGGAUAAGGGUGCUAGAGCCAGAAUCUGUCUUACUUCUGGAGAUAAUUUCCCUUCUUACCGUGCUCCCUGUCUUUAUGCUGUAUAGAUAAAGUGUACAGUUAUAUAAAUAUCUAUUUUUCUUUUAUAAAGAAGCAUUUUAUGAAGCUAAUUUAUUCCCUCAUUCUGGGAAAGAUGUACUGGUGUGGGCGGAGGUGUGUUUUUUUUUGAGUGACAAAGAGGGGAAACGUGUGUGUGUGGGUGUGUGUGUGUGUGUGUGAAUGCGCGUCUGUAUGAAUGUAUCACGUAUGUGUUUGCAUGCACAGGAGUGUGUGCGUGAUCCGGCACCACAAGUGCAGCCUUGUAAAGUCCCUCAUAGUUUUGACGCAGGCGUUGAAAAUCAGUCUGCACGCAGAAGCACCUUGGUUCAGUAGAAUACAGAAUGCAUGCAAUACAGAGGAGCUGAAAAACACCUGCAUACUUAUGUACUAGUUUACCGCAUCCUUGUGUACUCAUGUACUUGUUUGAAAGGGUUGGCCACUGUACAGAAACGUGACAUAGUUGCACAUCAGUUUAUCCGUAAAUAUUUCUGUUCCCAUGUUGGCUGUCUUUUUUUUUUCAUCCCUUUCCAUUUCAAUUUCUCUGUAAAUGUGUUGCUUUUUUUUCUUCUUGUGACCAAUCUGCUAAUAAAUUGUGAGGACAUGUCUUGUUCACUCACCCGUGCCCAAAUAA